AUGGACAACGCGAAAACACGCAGUUUUAGCAAUGAUGAGGAUGAAGAGCUGCACUCCACAGAUCCAGAGAGUAAAGAGAAGAGCAAAGAUAAAAAGACACUGUGCAAAGUAAAGUGGUCCCGAGAUGAGGAUGAAAAGCUGAAAAAGCUUGUCGAGCAGCAUGGAACUGACUCCUGGAAAUUAAUAGCCAACUUUUUUCCAGGGAGGACAGAUGGCCAGUGUCAGCACCGCUGGCAGAAGGUGCUCAACCCUGAGCUGGUGAAAGGACCCUGGACAAAAGAGGAGGAUCAAAAGGUUAUCGACCUGGUACACAAGUAUGGCCCCAAGCGUUGGUCGGUGAUCGCAAAGCACCUCCAGGGGAGGAUCGGAAAGCAGUGCCGUGAACGGUGGCACAAUCACCUCAACCCAGAGGUGAAAAAGUCUUCAUGGACUCAGGAGGAGGAUCGAAUCAUCUAUGAAGCCCACAAACGUCUGGGCAACCGCUGGGCAGAGAUCUCCAAGCUGCUUCCUGGACGGACAGACAACUCCAUCAAGAACCACUGGAACUCUACCAUGAGGAGGAAGGUGGAGCAUGAGGGCUACCUGCAAGAUGACUGCAAGACUUUGACUUCCUCUCAUACCGGAGCGAAAAGACGCCACCACAGGCUGUGUCCUCCAACUCCAGCAGAGCCACAGAACUGUGAUCGCAGCCCCCUGUCGAUACUGGGGCCCAACCAGAUGGGGGGAUAUCCAUAUGAUCCUCACAGUGGACAUGUGAUGGACAGUGUUCCUGAAAACUCAGGCUUCAUACCGCCAUCCUGCCUGGAUGAUCCUGACAGAGAGCAAAGAAUUAAGGAGCUUGAGCUGCUGCUUAUGUCAGCAGAGAAUGAAGUCCAGCGACAAGUGCAGUGCAGAGGUCCAUGUAGCUUGGAGCAGUAUUCAGCGUGGUCAGACAGCGUGUCAGAUGACACGUUGACCACAAGUAGCAGCAGCCUGGAGGAGCAGGCAGAGAGAAGACCCUGGACAGGACCUGAGAUUCCCCAGGGUCCUCCAGCGCCGCUUCCUGUCUCUCCCAGCAAGUUCCUGGCUGUGGAGGCCAGCACUGUGCUCUCCACCCUGCAGACCAUACCAGAGUUUGCAGAAACCAUGGAGCUCAUUGACUCUAUGUGUCUUGCUCUGCAGGACCCUGUUGCAUGGAGCGACGUGACCAGUUUCGACCUGUCAGAGACAACGACGCCGCCCAGGCACAAUCAGGCAGGCUACACCACUCUCCUGCAAGAGAGGACGAUUGAUAAUUCAAUGGGCUACACAGUCAAUACAUCGACCGCCAUUUCAGGCCGAGACAAGAACUGUGCUUCAUUUGGUCUGGGCAGUGUCACCUCCCUGACUCCCAUCAACUCAUCCAAACCCUCCCAGGGAUCCAUUGGGAGGAGGAAGAGAAGAGAGAAAGGGGAACCGUCUCCUUUGUGCGACAGGACCUGCUCUUCUUUUUUGGAAAAUAACUCAAAUUCUCCCAAGAAAACGCCCACAAAGUCACUGCCAUUUACCCCGUCCCGAUUCUGCAACAUAUCGGGGGUGGAGCACCUGAAUCUGGAUAACCCUGCCCUCACCUCGACUCCCGUGUGUGGCCAAAGGUGUCUCCUUUACACACCGGUCCACAAAGAAACCACACCUAAGCACCAGAAAGAGAAUGAUGGUUCACGGACCCCCAAAUUCCGUAAAACUGUAAUGAUUCCAACCCCAAGGACACCGACUCCUUUCAAAAAUGCUUUGGCUGCUCAGGAGAAAAUGCACGGGCCCCUGAAGAUGGAGCCGCAGCCUUUGGCAUUUCUAGAAGAGGACAUUCGAGAAGUUCUGAAGCAGGAGACUGGAGCAGACAUCUUCAACAGAGCAGACGUUCAGCCAGACUACAGAGCAUGGAAACAUAAUAUGGAUGGCCCAGCUAGAAAAGUGCGCAAGUCCCUUGUGCUAGACCCUUGGGGGAAGGACUGCCUCAACGUCCAACUCUUCCAAGAGCAGCUCAACAACGCACAAGUGCCAGAGGAAAGUCUACUGACAAGCUCCUCACUGAUCACCCCCGUCCCUGAGCAAGAGGAGUGCAGCCGCCCUUUGACGUCUGCGAGAGAGGAGCCCUCACUCGUCCCUGUACAUCAACAUCGCUUUACGAGCCCACGGGUGAAGAAGCUCCCCGCCUCCCACAAAGCACCAAAACACGCCGCUGUGCAGGUGAGUGAGUGGGAAGCAGUGGUUUAUGGGAAGACGGAGGACCAGCUGAUUAUGACAGAACAGGCCCGUCAAUACCUGAACCCUUACCCGUCGUCUGGCUCUACCUCAAGGGCCCUUGUGCUUUAA